AUGUUUCCAAGGAAGAUUCAAUCCAUCUUGGAGAGGAUUGGAAUCCGCAAGUUCAUCGGUGCAGCCCAAAUCCGAGUGCAGUAUCUAUCAGUUGUGCGUGACUGGAAAUCCUGGUUGUCUCGGGCCCCAGUCUCCUUCGCUGGUGGCUUGAGAGACGACGAUAGCGGCCACCAUUGCUUUGUGGUCAUGCGAAGAUCAGACAUCCCGGAGAAUGUGACCAUCGAAGCCAAUGGAAGGGGGGCGCGCAUGCCCAUGGAUCCAUCAGAUGCCAUUUUGCUGGUGAAGCGCUACAGCAGUGAUGAUCUGUUGUCCCAGAACCCGGUCCUGGCGUUUCCACAUCGCUAUGUGGCUCGGAUUGGAGACCCUCCUGGAGAAGGUCAGGUGAGGGCUUUGAAGAGUGUCAAACCAGCAAAGCAGAAGGACUACAUAGCUCUUGCAAAAUUGCUUUUGGAAAAAUAUCCACAUGAAGCGACCCGUCGUGCGGUUGAAUUUUUACUCAGUCUGUGCUAG